UGCAAACACUUCUUCUAUCUCCUCUCUCUCUCUCUCUCUCUCUCUCUCUCUCUCACUAGAAUUCCAGUUUUUUUUUGGCAGUUGAAGGAUUCUCCUACCCCUUUUUUUCCAGCUUUGGCCUCUGCAAAUGAAGCUGCUCUCCAGGAAAGCCACGUGCAACUCUCACGGCCAGGACUCCUCGUACUUCCUCGGAUGGCAGGAGUACGAGAAGAACCCAUACCAUGAGAUCAAGAAUCCUAAUGGAAUCAUUCAGAUGGGCCUAGCAGAGAAUCAGCUGUCGUUUGAUCUGUUAGAGUCAUGGAUUGAAAACAAUCCGGAUGCGGCCGGGUUCAAGAGAGAUGGGCAGUCCAUUUUUAGAGAGCUUGCCCUCUUUCAAGAUUAUCAUGGCCUUCCUGAUUUCAAGAAGGCAUUAGCAGAAUUCAUGUCCGAAGUUAGAGGCAACAAAGUUAGCUUUGAUCCGGAAAAACUUGUCCUCGCAGCCGGUGCAACUUCCGCUAACGAGACCCUAAUGUUCUGCCUUGCUGAGCCAGGCGAUGCUUUCCUCCUUCCCACUCCAUACUAUCCCGGAUUUGAUAGGGAUCUCAAGUGGAGAACUGGAGUUGAGAUCGUACCAAUCCAUUGUCACAGCAAUAACAACUUCCGGAUUUCCGAAUCUGCCCUUGAAGAAGCCUACCAGUCUGCCCAGAAACAAAACCUCAGAGUCAAGGGUGUUUUGGUCACUAACCCAUCAAAUCCUUUAGGCACAACCUUAACCCGAGAUGAGCUCGACCUCCUGUUCACCUUCAUCACCGCAAAGCAAAUCCACCUCAUCAGCGACGAAAUCUACUCUGGCACCGUUUUUAGCUCGCCAGAAUUCGUGAGCGUCAUGGAAAUCCUAACGGAUAAAAAGUACUCCAUGGAUACCGAAGUCUGGAACAGAGUUCACAUUGUGUAUAGCCUUUCCAAGGACCUCGGCCUCCCUGGGUUUCGUGUCGGUGCGAUAUACUCCAACGAUGACGUGGUGGUAGCUGCGGCGACGAAGAUGUCCAGUUUCGGGCUGGUGUCUUCACAGACGCAGUAUCUUCUGGCAAAAAUGCUUUCCGACAAGAAGUUUUGUAAAAACUACGUCAUCGAGAACAAAAAAAGGCUUAAUCAGCAGCAGGAGAUGCUGAUAUCCGGCCUUCAGGCAGCUGGAAUCAGCUGCCUGAAAAGCAACGCCGGGUUGUUCUGCUGGGUGGACAUGAGCCACCUUCUGAGCUCCAAAACUUUUGACGCAGAGAUGGAUCUUUGGAAAAGGAUUGUUUACGACGUCGGGUUGAAUAUCUCUCCCGGGUCGUCCUGUCACUGCUCCGUACCCGGCUGGUUCCGGGUAUGCUUCGCCAACAUGUCCGCUGAAACCUUGAAUCUCGCGAUCCAACGGUUGAAAAGCUUCGUCCAGUCCCCCGCCGUCGCUACCAGGAACAACCAGAGGAUUCAUCAAUCCCCCAAGAACUCGAGAAGAAGGUCACUCACUAAGUGGGUUUUUCGGCUAUCGUCCAAUGGGCACGAGCCAGACGAACGAUAGUCCAGUACGUGUGAGAACGUACAUCAUCCAAUCGGAUUUUUUUCUCCCUGCCGAAAUCUCGAGUGUCUUUUACUAUUUAAUA